CCAGGACGGGGUCAGGCGGGGCCGGCGCGGCGAUGCUGCAGCUGCGGGACUCGGUGGACUCGGCGGGCACCAGCCCGACGGCGCUGCUGGCGGCGGGCGAGGAGGUGGCGGCGGGCGGCGGGGCCCGGCCGGGAUCGGGCGCGCCUCUGCGCCAGACGCUCUGGCCGCUCAGCGUCCACGACCCCACGCGCCGCGCCCGCGUCAAGGAGUACUUCGUGUUCCGGCCCGGCACCAUCGAGCAGGCGGUGGAGGAGAUCCGUGCGGUGGUCCGGCCGGUGGAGGACGGCGAGAUCCAGGGGGUGUGGCUGCUGACCGAGGUGGACCACUGGAAUAACGAGAAGGAAAGGCUGGUGCUGGUCACCGACCAGUCGCUGCUCAUCUGUAAAUACGACUUCAUCAGCCUUCAGUGCCAGCAGGUGGUCAGGGUGGCGCUGGGUGCCGUGGACACCAUCUCCUACGGGGAAUUCCAGUUUCCCCCGAAGUCGCUCAACAAGCGAGAAGGCUUUGGGAUCCGCAUCCAGUGGGACAAGCAGAGCCGCCCUUCUUUCAUGAGCAGGUGGAACCCCUGGUCCACCAGCGUGCCCUAUGCCACUUUCAUAGAGCACCCGAUGGCAGGGGUGGAUGAGAAGACGGCGUCUCUGUGCCAGCUGGAAAGCUUCAAGGCUUUGUUAAUCCAGGCUGUCAAAAAAGCCCAGAAAGAAAGUCCUUUGCCAGGACAAGGUAACAGCGUGUUGGUCCUGGAGUGCCCACUCUUCAUUGAGACCUAUGUGGGGCUGAUGUCCUUCAUCAACAACGAGGCCAAACUGGGUUACUCCAUGACCAGAGGCAAAAUAGGCUUCUGAGUGUCAGCAUGGUGGGCACACCCCGAGGCUGGCGGUGGGCUGGGGCGUGGGCCACAGGGGUGGGGUGUCGUGUAGGGGUCUGAGCACAGUUAGAAUAGCCAAGUGGAUUCUAUGUAUUUAGUCAGAUGUCGGAUGCCGGCUGAUGUGAGCUUACAAAAGUAUAAAGAUGAGCUGCCGUGCCCCUGGUGUUCCUGAGUCCGACUCCACGUGCCCCAGGCUCUUGGUAGCCCCGCCCCUCCAGCAUGCCCAGUGUGGCUUGUAGCCGUCCACCCCCGCCCCCACCCGUGCGGUGGCAGGGUCCUGGUCUCAGUGCCUGCACGACUGCACAUGUUUACACUUGGCGUCAAGUUUUGUAUCUGAGAUCCAGUCCACUUUUUAAGCUCAAUACGAAAGCAGUCAGCAGACUGGUCACGAGCAAGAUGCAGCCUAGGCCUGCUUAGCUCCUAGUGAACAGCAGGUCUUGUAAAUAAGUUCGGCUUAAAGUCAUCCUCUUUCUAGAAUCAAUCCAGAUUGUGUUAAUAAUUGUUACCUUGUCGAGGCAUAAAAGGUUAGUCCUUAACACAACUUAUAACUUGAGGGAGUCGCCAUUGAUCGUUAUUUGCACACAAUUUUGACAGCUAGAUGUAUCCUAAGUUUGUGUUCUAUUCGUGUUUAAAGGGGGCUGGGAGGUUUGCUUAUUAAAGAUGCACUUUCAUAAAAGGCCACAUGAGAUCCUCCUGGAUGUCCCCCCCCACACAGCCUGUUCCUGCAGCCUCUGCAUCGUUCCCUGUGGUGUCCAAGGCUGCAUCCGCAGUGUCCCCCAUCACCUGAGGCACUUAGUAAAUUCAGUUGCUGCUGUCUGCGUCCUCAUUCCCAGUGCUGUGGGCCUCAGGCUGCCAGGCUGGGGCGUGCAGACGGUGCACAUGGGCUCAGCCCGUGCUUUGGUUGUGUAGUAAAGACAUUUAGAACCACA